AUGCGUGAUUUGGGAGAAGGAAAAGGAAAGAAAGAGCAAGUACCACCACCUGGUUGGAUUCCAGUGCAUGAACGUCUUAAGAAAAUCAAUAAAUACGCGGAAAGAAUAUUCUCAUAUCCAUUUACAAUAUUAGAAACAGUUCUUGACAAUAUCCAGAGCUUCAUUACUCAACAUUCAGUGUCCUAUUCAUUUUGUAUGUGUGCAACUAUUACUGUAUCUGUUUCUGCUGCGGCUAUUGCUGUUGGAGUUGGGACUGGCGUCGGAGUUGGAUGUAACAACAACUAG